AUGGGAGGCCUGGGCCUAGAGAGCAGAUCGGGGCGGCGGCGUUUGCGGGGGAGAGAGCGAUGCGCAGCUCUGCUGUCUGAAGGCCUUCGCUUCCGGGUGCUCCUCUUGGAUCACGACGACACGACGGUGAAGGGCACCGAGGAGGUGCACUAUCCGGCUCACGUCGACAGCCUUCGCAUCCUCCGGCCGGACCUGGUCCCGGUGUCUUUGGAGGAGUGGUUCCGCCGAAACCACGAGCCCGGUGUCUCGGCCUACCUGAAGCUGCUCUUCACUUCGGAGCAGAUGGUGCAGGAACAUGAGAUCUGGGAGAAGGCCAUGGAGCAGAAGAUGCCGGCUUUCUACGAAGGCAUGGCCGAGCUUCUGAAAGAGUACCGAGCCCGGGGGGGCCGCGUGGCUGUGGUGUCCCACAGCCCGGCACACGUCAUCCAGCGCCACUACGAUGCCCAUCCAUGGACCGAGCACAUUCGUCCAGAUCUGGUCUUAGGCUGGGACAAGGACCCUGCGAAACGAAAGCCUUCACCCUGGCCGGCGCUGCAUGCGUUGCAGCAUUUUGGCGUGCAGCCUGCGGAAGUGUUGGCGCUGGAUGACCUCUCGCCUGGAGUGAAAAUGGCCAAAGCUGCCGGAAUCACAGCCGUAGCGGCGGGCUGGGGACAUAAUGUGCAGCCCAUCCAGGACUACAUGCGGCGGGAGUGUGCGCAGUACUUCGAGACGGUGCAGGACUUCGCUGACUUCCUUCUCACGUCUCGAGCCUCGGCGCUCUGA